AUUGGGGUUUUUAUUUUUUCCAAGUAAAAGAACACAGUCUUCCCUAAUUCUCAUUCACAUUCGCUUCAGAGCAGCUUUUCGGAAUUUGAUUAAUUGAAUUAUAUAUUUGGCUUAGCUUCGAGUCUCCUUCUUUGAAAACUAAGCUAAAUUAACUGCUUGUACAGAAGAAAAAGCUCUAUUAAUCAAUGGAAGAAAGUUCAAAAUUGGCUUUGCCGGACGCAUUCCUUGAUUUUCUCAAGGUGAAUGGUCUCGACCCUUCGAUUUACACAGCUAGCGAUUCCACCCCUCGGUAUAUAAGGUUGAAACCUGGUUGUGAAGCUUAUCUUGAAGAGGUUGAAGCUGAGAUGAAAUGCAAGAUUGAGAAAGUGGAUUGGUUACCUGGAUUCUAUUCACUUCCACCUGAUAUUCAGAUUGCUAGCUCGAAGGCGUACCAAGAAGGAAAGAUAUAUGGAAUUGAUGCGGCUUCUGGAGCUGCUGUUUUAGCUCUAGAUAUUUCAGCGGGAGAUCAUGUGCUUGAUCUCUGUGCUGCCCCUGGUGCUAAACUUUGUAUGAUAUCAGACCUUCUUGGUGAUUCGGGUUCUGUAACUGGCGUUGAUGUUGCAAGUCAUCGUUUAGCGGCUUGUAGAACAAUGCUGCAGAAAUAUGCUCUGGGUGAUCGGUGCCGACUCUUUGUUGGUGAUGGAACAACAUUUUCUCUCCUUCCUGUGGGGUUUCAUUCAGAAUCAAAAUCAUGUGAAUCUGCACUGGAAGAAAAGGGGGAUGCAUUCAGGGAGUGGACAUCUAGGAGACCAUAUAAAGAAAGGAAAAAAGCAACUAAAGCAAGGAAUACUGUUGCUUCACAGUUAGUCCUGGGGUCUCAACAUCCAGAACUUAUAUUUUAUGGGUGGCAUUCUGGUGUGGUUGGACUUACUAGAAGUGAAUUAUAUCAAAGUGGUUGUGACAGUGAGGUUUCAAGCCAAGGCUACGACAAGGUCCUUGUGGAUGCAGAGUGCACACAUGAUGGGUCAAUUAAGCAUAUCCAAAAAUUUGAACAUUGGGGCUGGACAACUCUUCAGCGUCGUGUAUUGGAUGCAGAGAGAACUGAUAGUUUAACUACUCUUCAGUUGAAACUUCUAAGCAAUGGUUUUAGAUUACUAAAAGUCAGGGGAUCACUUGUCUACAGCACUUGCAGUUUGACCGUCGCUCAAAAUGAAGAUGUGGUACAGAAGUUUCUCAAGGAAAAUGCUUCUGCAGAGUUGCAGGAAAUUAAUGCUGCCAAAAAUUGGCCUUGCAAGAGUGGGAAGAUACCAAAUACCUUGCGCUUUGAUCCUCUGACAUCACAAACUAGUGGCCUUUUUGUAGCAAAAUUCCUGAAGUUGGCCAUUUAGUAAAGGUAAUUGCAACUCAGAUGCCACAGCUUGGGAUCCAACCUGUCUGGGUUUGCAGCUUAGGCUCUCACCUUUACCACUGAGGCAUAAUGGGAGGUGGUAAGAAUUUUUCUUCAUUUUAUCUUCAACAUUUCUGGAAGUGUAUAUAAUUUGUUAUCCUGAGAAAAAACAUGUACAAAAUUAUGAUGCACCCUUCUCCUUUCCAAAAUAUUCUAGAACAGAUCAAAAUAAGAUUUUUUUGUUGCAAGAGUUUCUCCUAUUGAUUUGUUUGCCCUUACCACCAUAACUUAUCGUUCACUAGCCUGUUGUAGAGCUAAUGGUUUAGUCCUUUAGUAUAACUGUACGAGUUCAAUGAUAUUAAGACAUAAUUUUUCUACAUCACAAGAUUAUUCUUGGGUGAUGCUGGUGCCUCAGUUUGCAAUAAUUGUCUGUCGAUUCAACCAUGGGGAAGCCUGUAAAGACUUAACAGUCAUUUUCAUGAGGUUGAAUUGGAUUGCAUUACAAGGAAAACCCCCAGUAGUAACUUGGCUAGUCUCUGUUUUUCCUUCUGAUGGGAUUGAUAAAUUUUGUUGUUCUGAUAAAUGAUGGAUCAUUCCUCUUUCAAAUCCAAUCAAUGUGAUUUUCUUGUCGGAUUUUCGUCUGUAUAAUAUCCUCUUGUUGCAAUGCCGUUAAGAGAGAACGAUAGACAACCAAGGUUUUUGUAGUAAAUUUAUUAGGUUAUAGAAUAGAUAGGCGAGAUUCUGUUGAUGAUGCAAAGGCUACUAGCUGUAACUGAGAGCA